AUGAGGGAAGUUAAUUUUAGCAUCCCCAACGUCAAUAAGGCGUCAGUGGGCAUCACUACCGCCUUAUAUGAUCGCCGGGCACUUGACUGCACUUCAACACUUCCCCUCAUCAACUCGCUUAACCAUCUCGCCUACCUUACCACAUCGUCAGCUCGCAUUCGCGAUAUUUUGACGGUUGAUGGAGGUAUCGAGAGGUUAGUAUGUAUAUUAAAACAAGGACGGAGCAAAGAUAUGAUGGAUAUGUGGAAAUGGAAUCUCGCUUUCCAGUGUGUGGUCAACAUAGGAGUUCGCGGAACCGAGAAUGUAAGGACUCGAGUGGUUGAGGCCGAUAUGGUCCCGGUCAUUGCAACUAUACUCGACAACUACAUUAAAGUCAUCGAGAAAUGUCGUGAAAAGGCAGAAGAAGCGAAGCAGAAGCAGAUUGCCGAUCAUCACCAACGCCAUCGAAGCCACAGCCAUCGAGAACCACCUUUUAAAUCGACUUUUACAAAUAGGUCUACCCGUCUAGAUCUUGAGCAAAGAGCUUUUCGUCGACAAGCUCCUCCUCCGUCCAUCGAUGUUUCAGCUGCUUCCUUUGCAAGCACAUCUGCUUCCGCAGCAGCAGCAGCAGCCGCAGGGGCUCCGCAGGGGAGCACCGAUGUUAUACCAACUAUUCCAUCAUUCCCCAUCACCUCCCCACCAGAUCGCGCUGCGUUCCCUAAUAACCGACAUCACCAUCAUCAUCACCACAGGCACGAAAGCCGUUCGAAUAUCGUGUCUCCGUCGCGACAAGUGAUCCAACCUUUGGCGAGUGCGGUUCCAACUAUGGAAGCAGUUGAUGGUUUUAUUCGCCCAAUUCGGGAUAUCGAUCGACUUCCAUCAAUGUUACCAGUUUUUCAUCCAGGCCUACCUUCGCAGCCCACAUCACCGACUACUCCUUUACCCCCGCCGCAAAUUCACUCGCCAACCGUUCGGCCAACCUCGGUUUUGGCGCCAAACUCACGUCCUAGGCGCCGUCCUUCGAUACGUCAUCAGAACUCAACUACAGACACAGAUGAUUUAAACGCAACGGAUAGUGUGCAAUCAGACGAAUCCCAGGAUGCUGAGAUGUCUGGUACCGCUGAUAUCCAACCUGCAGUUGGUUUUCAAGACAUUGCCAUGGAGGAGGGCGACAGUACAUUGGCGGGUGCAGCUCUUGACCUAACGACGCCAACGGUCUCCGAGAUUCCAGACGCAGGGACGUUCAACAUAACACACAGAGCUCCUAUGGAUGGUAGUCUUCCAAACAAUACGCCAACCCCUGGUCCAACUCUAGGCUUAUCCCCUAACCGCCCUAUUGUACCUACUCCUCAACCUUCUCUUCCAACCCACACAAGUGUACCUCGUUACCUCCUAGACCGACCAACCCCGCCGAAUCCGCAGAUGCUGGCAGCAAUGCCGAGAGAAGAGGAUGUAUUGAUGUCACUCCAGCUUCUUGCGUAUGUCUCGAAAUAUUGUAAUCUCCGAUCAUACUUUCAAAAGAGUCACUUAGUGCCACGGCUGCAAAUAGGAAAGGAAUUACAAUUGCUCGAUGGGGAUAAUGUGACGAUGGAAUCACUAGGUCCGCAGGAAUAUGAGGAAGAAUAUCUUCUACCAAACGAUUUCAAUAUCUUCCCCUUGGUCGAGAAGUUUACAGUACGAUACCAUAGCACCGAUAUGCAGUACUGGGCCGGGGUUGUGAUGCGCAAUCUUUGCCGGAAGGACGAUACCCGCGGCGGCAUCCGACAGUGCGCUUACUACCAGUGUGGUAAAUGGGAGGAAUUCACGCGGCAGUUUGCUAAGUGCCGCCGGUGCCGCAGAACAAAAUAUUGCAGUAAGGAGUGUCAAAAGAGCGCCUGGGCGUACCACCGCCACUGGUGCGUUGCCGCUUCGUCAUGA